GCUUUGCUCCAUGACUGAGUUAUCACAUGAAUUUCCACAGAACGGUACAAAAGGGCAAAUUUCACUUCAUUAUUACAAUAUAAAACCAGAGAGCAGCUGUGAUUUACUUUGCGAUUUAGUGGGAGGAGCAGCUCCAGUUGCUCCACAUCCCUGAGCAACUAUUCCUCCUUUGUGCCCGGGGGAGGGGAGGCUUUGUCCGGAUACGUGGUCGAAGUUGAGGCGGUCCCAGAGACCCCCACGCACCGACAGUUUGGGAUCAUCCCAUCCGACACAAAGUUGAAAAAAAUGGCACCCUUCACGUCUUCUUGUGUCUUUUCUGCGUUGUUAGUCGCCUUUUUCGUCUCCGCAGUGGACUCUCAGUAUGAAAAAUACAGCUUCAGGAGCUUCCCAAGGCACGAACUGAUGCCUUUAGAGUCCGCUUACAAGUACGCACUGGAUCAGUACACCGGGGAGAAGUGGCAGGAGACGGUGGAGUACAUGGAGGUGUCUCUGCGACUUUAUCGGCUGCUGCGGGACAGCGAGGCCUUUUGCAACCUGAACUGCAGCUCCGUCAGACUGGACGACGAGCAGAAGUUUGCAGAGUUUCCAGAGCUGCGGGCUUUUGGGAACGUGAUGAAAAGGGCACAAUGUUUGAAGCGCUGCAAACAGGGGCUGCCAGCUUUCAGACAGACCAUGCCCAGCCGGGACACCGUAGAGGAAUUUGAGCGUAGAGAGCCGUACAGAUACCUCCAGUAUGCCUACUUCAAGUCAAACAACCUGGCGAAGGCAGUGUCUGCUGCUCACACCUUCCUGCUGAAGCACCCAGAUGAUGAGAUGAUGCAGAGGAACAUGGCUUAUUACAAGAGUCUGCCUGGAGCAGAAGAACACCUUAAAGACCUGGAGACCAAAUCAUAUGAGACCUUGUUUGUGCGUGCAGUGAGGGCAUAUAAUGGGGAUAACUUCCGUACCUCGGUGUCAGACAUGGAGUUGGCAUUGAGGGACUUCUUCAAGGUCUAUGAUGAGUGUCUGGCUGCAUCUGAGGGUCCAAGGGACGUCAAAGACUUUAAAGACUUCUACCCCUCAAUAGCUGACCAUUACAUAGAAGUCCUUGAGAGAAAGGUGAGGUGUGAAAGUGACCUGACGCCUGUUGUUGGAGGCUUUGUCGUUGAGAAGUUUGUGGCUACCAUGUACCAUUACUUGCAGUUUGCCUACUACAAAUUGAAUGACCUGAAGAACGCGGUGCCAUGCGCAGCUAGCUACAUGCUGUUUGACCCCAGUGAUGAAGUUAUGAGGAACAAUGUGGCCUACUACAAGUACCACAAAAACCAGUGGGGCCUGACAGAAGAGGAUUUCCUCCCCAGAUCAGAGGCAGUGCGGUACUACAAUCAAACCACCAUGCAGCUACAGAUGCUGGAGUUCUCCAAGCAGCGGCUGUCAAGUGAUGAUGAGGGGGAGGUGGUGGAGUUUAUAGAUGAGUUCCUGGACGAGGAUGAAUAGCCCAUGUUUGCCGAAACACUGAAACACUAAUGGCAAAACAUUCCACACGUUUGUAUUUAUUGGGAUUCUCCAGAGUGUUUAUUUGAUCACAAUUAUCCUGAAUAUUGUUUCUGAUUAGUAAUUUUUGCUCUAAAUAUCUUGUUCAGUGUCUGUGUUGACUGAACAGAGAGGUCACUGAUUUAAAAGCAUUGAUAUUAAGGACAGAUUUUAUUUUUAAUUCACUGUUUUAUGAAUUUGUUCCUUAACUGUUGAUCCACUGUGUGAUUUUUCUGAGGUUUUUUACAAAAAAAGUUUUUUUUUUUUUUUUUUUUUAAUAAUUAUUAAGUAAUAUUAUUGAAAUAUUACUGUUUGGUCCACAUGAAAUAUGCUGAAAUAUAAAUGCCCUUCCUCCCAUUCAAACACAAAUGAGAGGUAUAUCUUGUAAGAACUACUGUUUCAAUUUCCAUGCUUUUAAAAAUGCCUUAAAGGAUUAGUUCAUCUGUUAAUUCUCUGUUUUAGUCCAUUGAUUUCUAACAAGAGACUUAAUAGAAAAAAAAAUCACAGAAAGAGGACAGCAGGAUGUGAUGGGAGAGCUGAGCCGAGGCAUUCAGAGAAAACACUGACUUGUUUAAAAAUGUUUGAACAUUGAGUCUCUGUGCAGUUUGUCACACGGUGGUGUUGAAAACCCACAGCAGAACGUUCCCUCUGUGUUACUGUGUCUGUGUUCUCCCUGUCUUCUGUCUCUUUUAUGACUUCUUCACUGCCCAAACUUUGCCUUUCAAUUUUCCAUAUUCUCAUCUUUUUGGGCAUUUUUGGAAAAAAAAAGAAACAUGUAAUAGCUGAUAAACGGAUUAAACUGAUUUAAUGGAAGGACGAUUGUCCAGUGCUCUCAAACGUUGAUCCUUGAGGGCCACUGUCCUUAGACGUUUAUCUGCUUCAACACACCUGUCUCAAAUUAAUGGGUUAUUGUGCAGAACUUGACUACAAGUUGUUGGAUCAGUUUAAUUUGAAUGAGGUGUGUUGCAGUGGGGAAACAUCUAAAACUUGCAGGACAGAGGCCCUCGAGGACCAGAGUUUGAGAUCCCUGUCCUAAGAUGUUGUUUACUCAAAAACCAGUGCAGAUGUAAAGCACGACCAUAACAGUUUCAUCCUUAAUAAAAACAGAAAACCACAGUUAAAACAAACAA